CCGCUUUUAUUUUCGUGACGAGAUAGACAGGUCAGGGGUCAAGAGUGGAACAUCCUCCUUGGCCCGGGCCGGUGCGGGAGGGAUGUGUGAUGGCCUCGGAGCGCCCGGAGCCGGAGGUGGAAGAAGCUGGGCAGGUGUUCCUGUUAAUGAAAAAGGAUUAUCGAAUCUCCAGAAAUGUUCGUCUGGCUUGGUUCCUCAAUCAUCUGCAUCAAACUGUGCAGGCCACACCCCAGGAGUUGCUGCUUCAGUCUGAGCAGGAGUUAGAAGUCCUCAGUGUCCUGCCUCCUGGGUGGCAGCCAGAUGAACCAGUGAUCCCAAGACCAUUCCUCCUCGUACCUUCUACUCGGGUUACCUUCCUGGCUUGGCAGUAUCGAUUUGUCAUUGAGCUGGAUCUUAGCCCAUCCACUGGCAUUGUGGAUGAUUCCACAGGGGAGAUCUUGUUUGAUGAAGUUUUCCAUGCCCUGUCCCGCUGCCUGGGCGGGCUGCUUCGGCCCUUCCGAGUGCCUGGAUCUUGCAUCGACUUCCAGCCUGAGAUCUACGUAACUAUCCAGGCCUACUCCUCGAUCAUUGGCCUGCAGUCCCACCAGGUGCUUGUACAAGGUUGCCUUUUGGACCCUUCUCAACGGGAAGCAUUCCUUCAGCAGGUGUAUGAUCAGCUCUGCCUCUUUGAGGAUAAGGUGGCUGCCAUGCUGCAGCAGCAGUAUGAUCCCCAGAGCCAGGCAGAAGACCAGUCCCCAGACUCAGGAGAGCCCUUGGGCCGGAAGGUGGGAGUUUCCAUGGUGACAGCUGAUCUUGGACUAGUCAGUAUGAUUCGUCAGGGCAUCUUGGCACUGCAAUUACUGCCCUCAAACUCCAGUGCAGGUAUCAUUGUGAUCACAGAUGGGGUGACCAGCGUACCUGAUGUUGCUGUCUGUGAGACACUACUGAACCAGCUUCGCAGUGGUACUGUGGCUUGUUCCUUUGUUCAGGUGGGAGGCGUUUACUCUUAUGACUGCAGUUUUGGACAUGUGCCCAAUGUGGAAUUGAUGAAGUUCAUUGCAAUGGCAACAUUUGGUUCCUACCUGUCCACUUGUCCUGAACCUGAGCCAGGCAACUUGGGUCUGACUGUCUACCACCGGGCAUUCUUGCUCUACUCCUUCCUACGCAGUGGUGAAGCACUGAACCCUGAAUAUUACUGCGGUUCUCAGCACCGCCUAUUUAAUGAGCACCUAGUCUCUGCAAGCAGCAACCCUGCCUUGGCCUUGCGCCGGAAGAAGCAUACUGAGAAGGAGGUGCCAGCUGACUUGGUCAGCACUGUGUCUGUACGACUUCGAGAGGGCUACAGUGUCCGAGAGGUCACACUGGCCAAAGGAGGCUCCCAAUUGGAAGUGAAGCUGGUGUUGCUUUGGAAACACAACAUGCGCAUUGAGUAUGUGGCUAUGGCACCCUGGCCCCUAGAGCCUGAGGGCCCUCGAGCAACACGGGUGGAAGUGACAAUGGAAGGUGGCUAUGACAUUUUGCAUGAUGUGUCCUGUGCACUAAGGCAACCCAUUCGUUCCUUAUAUCGUACCCAUGUUAUCCGCCGUUUCUGGAACACACUGCAGAGCAUUAACCAGACUGACCAGAUGUUAGCCCAUCUUCAGUCCUUUUCCUCAGUGCCAGAGCACUUCACACUUCCAGACAGCACCAAGAGUGGAGUGCCACUCUUCUACAUCCCUCCAGGCUCCACCACCCCGGUGCUCUCCCUUCAGCACAGUGGUUCUGACUCAUCUCAUGCCCAGUUUGCUGCCUAUUGGAAGCCAGUGCUGUCUAUGGAUGCUAAUUCAUGGCAGCGUUGGCUGCACAUGCAUCGCCUGGUGCUCAUCCUAGAGCAUGACACACCAAUCCCCAAGCACUUGCAUACCCCAGGCAGCAAUGGACGCUACAGCACUAUCCAGUGCAGGAUCUCACACUCCUCCCUGACCUCUUUGCUUCGGGACUGGAGCAGCUUUGUGCUGGUCGAGGGUUAUUCUUAUGUCAAGUUGCUCUCCAGUGCCCCAGACCAGCCCCCUUCCUCCUUCUACAUGGUCCGCAUCAUUUCCAAGGCCCCAUGCAUGGUUCUUCGCCUGGGUUUUCCCAUUGGCACUCCAGCACAGGCCCGGCACAAGAUUGUGUCAGAUUUGAGGGAAGAGAUCCUACGCCUUCGUUUCCCCCACCGGGUGCAAAGCAAGGAGCCAACACCCAAGGUGAAACGAAAAGGGCUGGGUGGCACUGGUGGGGGUAGCUCUCCCUCUAAGUCACCCCCCAUGCUGGGGCCACAGCAGGCCCUGUCUGACCGGCCCUGCCUUGUGGUCCUCCAUAAACCACUGGACAAGCUCCUCAUCAGGUAUGAGAAGCUACCCCUGGACUACCGGGCACCCUUCCUGCUGACACUGGAACCACCAGGGCCACUGCCCUUAGUCUCAGGCCGUUCAGCCUCGUCUAGCCUAGCAUCACUGUCUCGCUACCUCUACCAUCAGCGCUGGCUCUGGAGUGUCCCAUCAGGACUGGCUCCUGCACUACCACUCAGUGCCAUCGCCCAGCUCCUAUCCAUCCUCACUGAAGUUCGACUCUCUGAAGGGUUCCAUUUUGCCUGCAGUGCGGAAGGAAUCAUCAAUAUGGUUCUGGAACUUCCAAUUCAGAAUGAACCACCUGGGCAAGCUGCAGCUGAAGAGAAGCACACAUGUGUCAUCCAGUACAUCCUCUUCCCCCCACACUCCACCUCCACCAAAGACAGCUUCUCAACAGAUGACGACAAUGAUGUGGAGGUGGAGGCCUUAGAGGGGGACUCAGAGCUUAAUCUGGUCACUGAGGUGUGGGUGGAGCCACAGUAUGGGCGAGUGGGACCUGGCCCUGAAAGCUGGAAGCACCUGCAGAACUUGACAUACUCUGAGAUCCCUCAAGCUCUGCACCCACGGGAUGCUGCCUGCAUAGGCUCCAUGCUGAGCUUUGAAUAUCUGAUACAGCUCUGCCAGAGCAAGGAAUGGGGUCCUUUGCCCCCAGAGCCACGGGUCUCUGAUGGACUGGACCAGGGAGGAGACACCUGUGUCCACGAGAUCCCUUUCCGUUUUGACCUAAUGGGAUUGCUGCCACAGUGCCAACAGUUGCAGAUGUUUUUCCUUUUGCUGUCCAGAGAGCCAGAGGGUGUUCCUCUCGCCGAGGGGCCCUGUCCUGCCAACGACACGGUGCUGUGCCUGCUGCACAGCUGCCUGGGGCAGGAGCUGAGUGACCGGGAGAUCCCACUGACCCCUGCUGACCAGGCUGCCUUCUUGAGUGAGGUACUGCGGCGGAGCUGUCAUGAUCCAGGUGCAGAGGGGCCACCAAUGGGAAGCCAUGGGAUCCUAAAGGAUCAAGUCAGCAGCACCCUGGCCACUGGACACUCAGCUCUUCCUGCCCUGGAUGUAGGUCUUCCUGAAACUCUCAGGCCUCUCAUCUCUGCCCAGCCUCCUCAGUGGCGUUGCUAUGCCAGGCUGGUGAACCCCCAGCAUGUGUUCCUAACUUUUCUCCCCACUACCUUCACAGAUGUUCAGCGUCUGACUGCCUAUGGCCUGGAGGGACCUUCUCAAGAAGAAACAAAGCUUGGGGAUUGGAGUGGAACCCCCAGUCCACGAGAUCUAGGAGGAAUUGGGGUUAAGGCUACCAAGUCCCAAGUCCCUAUCCUCAGCAUAACCCUAGCUGAUGACAGUGCCCAGGAUCAAGGAGAGCUGAGCCCUCCCUUCCGCCAGGACUUACAGACUUAUGCUGGGCGUCAGACUUCCCAGACAGAGGGUACAGAGGGGCCCCGGACCCGGUGUCCUGUCUAUGUCUAUAGCUGUUCCCUGGAAGCAUUGAGGGAGCAAAUGGUUGGCAUGCAACCCCCUCAGGCGCCCCGAGACCUCAUCUUCCGGACUCAGUUUCUCGACCACCCCUCUGCAUCCUCAGUCUGGAUGGAGCCCAGGUAUAAAGAGGCAGCUACCCAUUGUGCCUUGUUGCAGGAGCAUGCACAGCGGUGCUAUGUCCGUGGGCUAUUCCGGAGCUUGCAGCAAUCACAGAGCGUGACUUGCCAGGAUUUGCUGACAGCAGUGGAUGCCUGUGAGGAACUACUGCAGGAAGUAGACAUCACCCCAUUUUUGCUUGCUCUGUGUGGCCACACUUGUGGUUUACCUCAUGCACCCCCAAGCCCUGGUCCUCUCAGCCCAGGGCUUUUCAGCAGCAGCAUUGAGGAGGGUCCAGAGCCUCGGGAACGAGCUAUCCUAGCUUCUGAAUCCAGCAUAGAGACUGAAGACCUAAGUGAGCCUGAGUUUCAGAGCACCCGUAUCCCUGGCAAUCCAGACCCUGGCCCAGAGAUCUCUCUGACAGAUGUCUGCCAGCUCAAAGGAGAGGCACAUGAUACCCUUCAUGGCCUCAUCCAGGAGAAAUUCCUGGAAAUUAGUCGUCUUCACUUCCGCACUGUGCCCUCCAAUCCCCACUACUUCUUCUAUUGCCCUCCUUCCAGCAGACGAGAAGAUGAUGGUCCUCGGGACACAGUAGACAGAAAAAUCAGUGAUCUGGAGUUUUCAGAAGCUGAACUUGUGGGAGAAGAAGGUGACACAUCUGCCUGCUGUGUGGUCACUGAGAGUGAUCCAGAGCUGGAGGUCGAAUACCGUGAGAGCCGUGAACCAGACCUGGGGCCUGCUGGUUUAGACUCUGCCUCACUAUCAGAUGCAGACACUGUGAACCCUGAUGAAGACUCCUUCAGUAUCUUGGGGGGUGACUCACCCACUGGACCUGAGAGUCUUGUGCAUGACCUGCCACCCCUCUUCUUGCACCUCACAUGCUCUGUGCGGCUUCGUGGACAGCACAGCUCAGUACCUGUGUGCAGCCUGCCUACUUGUCUGGGCCAGGUACUUGCCAGUUUGGAGGGCCCCCCAAUUAGAGGCCGAGUUCCCCUGAGGGACCUCAGUGUCACCCUGGAUGUCUUCGUGCUGACCUUGCCCCUGGAAGUGGAGCUUCCCCCAGCCUCGGACCCUCAGCACCACAGAUCAACAUCUGAGAGCAGUGCUUCAUUCCCACGGUCUCCAGGGCAGCCAUCAUCUUUAAGGUCAGAUGAUGGCCUGGGACCUCCACUACCACCCCCAGAAGAAGAGAGGCACCAAGGACUGUCCAGUUUGGCCACACCCCACAGACUGGCUAUUGAGACCACCAUGAGUGAGAUACGCUGGUUGUUAGAAGAUGAGAUGGUGGGGGCACUCCGAAGAGGGGGCAUCCCCCAGAGCCCUGCCCUGCACCGAGUAGCUGCCCACAUCCAUAGCUCUCCUGGACGCUCCACCUGCCUUCGCCAAACUCUGCCACUGAGUUUUGUGUUUGGGCCAGAGCGUUCCCUCACGCAAUUCAAGGAGGAGUUCCGCCGCCUCCACCUCCCUGGCCAUGCUCUCCUUGAGGACCCUAACAGUGGCUUCUUCUUUGUGGCAGCUGGCCAACAGCCAGGUGGGUCCCAUGGGGAAACCCCUGCAGUGUCCUGGGCUUGGCACAGCAAUGAGGACAGGACUGAAGGCAUCGAAAGGGAGCCCCUGAUCACCAGUCCCCAAGCCCCUGGCUCCCCAGAGGAUUCUGAAGGCACCACUCUUAUCAUUCUACCCAACCUGCCACAAGCAGGGAGUCAGCCUGGGCCCAGUCGGGGACUAAGCCUUAUAUCCAGUCAAGGUAGUGUGGACUCAGACCACCUAGGUUAUGAUGGUGGCAGUAGUGGCUCAGACAGUGAAGGUCCAAAUGAGACCCUGAGUGAGAAGACCCCCUUCACAUUGCGGACUCCACCUGGGCAAGCACCUCUGCAGCCUUCACUCUCAGUCCUUCCUGGGCCCUGCCUGCCUGACUUCUGGCUCAUUGUCCGAGUACUACAGGAUCGUGUGGAAGUGUAUGCACAUGCACAGAGCCUGAUCCGGGAGGAUGGGGGGCCCGGCACUGAGUGUCGCCACCUGCAGCAGCUCCUGGUGAGGCGAGUUGGGGAGAUCUGCAGAGAGGUCAACCAGAGAUUGCUUCUUCAAGAUCUUCAUGACAGUCAUGUGUGUAACUCUCUUCUGGUGGCCGAGAGUGAAGAAGAUCUAUGGCGCAGUGAGACCCCCUUCCACUCCCGUCAGCGGGCACCACUCCCCAGUGAUGAUUAUGCUGCUGAUGAGAGCUGUGCACCCCGAGGGUACCUAGCAGCCACAAUGCAGUUUGUCCCUGGACAUUUCUCCUGUGACGUUGUAUGGGGAACUAUAAUCCGAGUCCACUCACGCCUCAAGAUGGGGCCCAGUAUGGGGGUCUCUCGGGCCAUCCAGGCCCUGCGCUCUGUGCUUAAUGCCUUCUCUGUGGUGAAUCGGAAGAAUAUGUUUGUUUAUCAGGAGCGAGCCACAAAAGCUGUGUACUAUCUUCGGCUUCUGGAGACAUCCUGCAGUGACCGGCCAUGGGAAGGGGAUGCUCUGCCGCCUUCCCUAGCUCUGUCCCGAAGCCAGGAGCCCAUCUACUCUGAGGAAUCCUCGGGUCCUCGUUCUCCCCUGGAUGUGGCUUCCAGCCGUAAUUCAGAUACUGCUCGCCCUGUGGGCCAAGUAGACAGACAUAUUCAGCUGCUAGUGCAUGGUGUAGGGCAGGCAGGUCCUGAGAUCACAGAUGAGCUAGUGCGGGUUCUGCGGCGGCGCCUGGAUGAGGCCACACUGGAUGUCAUCACAGUCAUGCUGGUUCGAAACUGCAAACUGACACCUGCUGAUGUGGAGUUCAUCCAGCCCCCUGGAAGCCUCCCCUCAGAGGUACUGCAUCUGGCCCUUCCUGCCUCCUGCAGGCCAUGGCUUCCUGCUCUGGCCUGGUACCUGCGCCAAAACCUGCUCAUCUUUCUGCACUCUCCCAAAUACACAGACAGCAACAGCCGGAACCACUUCCAACAUCCACUCCCACCACAGGGUGGCCUCCCUGACUUGGACAUCUACUUAUAUAACAAGCCUGGUGGACAGGGCACUGGGGGCAAAGGGGUCGCUUGCAUCACUCUAGCCUUUGUGGAUGAAGGAGGGGCCCCCAUCUCAUUGGCCUCGUGGCCCCCCUCUUCCCCGGGGACCCCAGACCUGCUGCGAGAAGAGGAAUUUGAGCAACUAACUCAGGAUGGGGCCCCAAGGCUUCGAUUGGAUGUUUGGGAAAAGGGGAACAUUAGCAUCGUGCAACUGGAAGAGAAGCUCCGGGGAGCAGCUCGCCAGGCCCUUGCUGAUGCUGUCAUGGAGCUGAGACUGCUGCCAGCUUCACUAUGUACAGAGGAUACACCCCCAGGAAGUCUCAGGAGCGGGUCAUUGGAAACCAAGAGCCCUGCAGGCCGAUCUAGCACCUUUCCCCCUGCCCCUGUCCCUGGGGAACCUGUGACUCCACCCAGCAAAGCUGGCCGGCGUAGCUUCUGGGACAUGCUGAGUAAAACAGAAGGUGGGGAUUUGGGUUCACCAAAAACAACUGAUGAUAUUGUUCUGGAUCGACCGGAAGACACUAGAGGUAGGAGGCGUCAUAAAACUGAGAGUGUUCGGACUCCCGGUGGAACUGAGCGAGCACUAGGCCCAGAUUCUGGAGCCCAGAGACAAAGACGCCGGACUGCACAGCUAGAGGAAGGUGAAGUGGGAACCCUUCACCCUGUGUUUGCUCAUGUCAUUCAGCAUUGGAUGGAGUUUAUGGUUCAGAUUGGUUGUGCCUCAGUGUCCAGAAGCUCCACCCACAUGGUGUCCCGAUUCCUCCUUCCUUCCAUUUUGUCUGAGUUCACCACUCUGGUUACCUCAAUGGCUGGCGACACCAGUGUCCGUGUCUUUGAGCAGCAUUUAGGUUCAGAGCCUGACAUCUUCAGUCCUUGUUCCCCUGGGCAACUGGGCCCAGCCCCCCGCCCAGCAGCUGAGCGACAUCUGCUGCUUCUGGGAAGGAACUUCAUGCAGUGGAGGAGACCAACCCAGCAGGCUGCCAAAGCUGUGCAGCGCUUUGAGCCAGGAGGAGACGGGAGCUCAGGGCGAAAUGCUCCCCGACAGAGGCUCUUACUGCUGGAGGUUGUGGACAAAAAGCUACAGCUACUGACCUACAACUGGGCUCCAGACCUGGGGGCAGCCUUGGGCCGAGCACUGGUUCGCCUUGUGCAGUGGCAAAAUGCACGGGCCCAUCUUAUCUUCUGCCUACUCAGCCAAAAGCUUGGGCUCUUCCAUCAUUAUGGCCAGUUGGACUUCCCCGUGCGAGAUGAAAAGGAGCCAAACCCAUUCCUGCUUCCAACCAUGGAAGUGGAGACCCUCAUCCGGAGUGCUAGUCCCCCACUGAGCCGCGAGCAGGGCCGGCUGAGUGGGUCCUCUCGUGGAGGGGGUCCUCUUCCUCUGGACACAUUCCCCUUUGACGAAGCUCUGAGGGACAUCACGGCUACCCGCCCUAGCUCCACCCUUGGUCCUGUGCCCAGACCUCCUGAUCCUGUCACCUACCAUGGACAGCAGUUCCUGGAGAUCAAGAUGUCAGAACGCAGGGAGUUGGAGCGCCAGAUGAAGAUGGAGAACCUGUUUGUAACCUGGCAGCAGCGUUCUGCCCCAGCCAGCAUGCCCAUCAGUGCCGGGGAGCUGGAGACCCUAAAACAGUCAUCCCGCCUUGUGCAUUACUGUGCGACAGCUCUGCUCUUCGACCCAGCUGCGUGGCUGCAUGGACCCCCAGAGACGUCUGGGCCCCCUGAAGGACAGAGGCGCCAUCGCCCUGAGUCAGGGUCUGGGAGUCGAGAGGCUCCCACAAGCUGUGAAUCCUUGGAUAUGCCUCCACCAGGAGCCCGUGAGGAGCCUUGGCUGAAAGAGCUCAGCUUGGCCUUUCUGCAGCAAUAUGUGCAGUAUCUGCAGAGCAUAGGCUUUGUGCUGGUUCCACUGCGGCCCCCCUCACCCGCUCGCAGUACCAGCCGGCUGCGUGCCAUGGCUGUCCUUGGAACAGAAAGUCGAGGCUCCUUCUCCUGCCCAAAAACCAAGACUGAAGGGAGUCCCAAGAGUUCUGGCUCUCCAGUCACUACCUACCACCUGCAGCGUGCGCUACCUGGAGGCAUCAUCCUCAUGGAGUUAACUUUCCAGGGCUUUUACUUCUGUGUCAAACAGUUUGCCUUAGAAUGUUCCCGAAUCCCAAUGGGGCAGGCAGUCAACUCUCAGCUGUCCAUGCUAUUCACAGAGGAGUGUGACAAGGUGCGGGAUCUGAUGCACGUGCACUCCUUCAGCUAUGACUUCCACCUGCGCCUUGUGCACCAGCAUGUGCUGGGUGCCCACCUGGUGCUUCGGCAUGGCUACCACCUUACCACCUUCCUGCGACACUUCUUGGCCCACCACCCUGAUGGACCCCACUUUGGCCGCAAUCAUAUUUACCAAGGGACACUGGAGCUUCCCACACCACUCAUUGCUGCCCACCAGCUGUACAACUAUGUGGCUGAUCAUGCAAGCUCUUACCACAUGAAGCCACUACGUAUGGCCCGGCCAGGGGGUCCAGAACAUAAUGAAUAUGCUCUAGUGUCAGCAUGGCACAGCUCUGGCUCCUACCUAGACUCUGAGGGACUUCGCCACCAGGAUGACUUUGAUGUGUCUUUGCUCGUCUGUCACUGUGCUGCACCCUUUGAGGAGCAAGGCGAAGCUGAGCGGCAUGUUCUGCGGCUGCAGUUCUUCGUGGUGCUCACCAGCCAAAGAGAACUCUUCCCCAGACUCACUGCUGACAUGCGCCGGUUCCGGAAGCCACCCAGACUGCCCCCUGAGCCAGAGGCUCCUGGGAGCUCAGCUGGUAGCCCUGGGGAAACUUCAGGGCUUGUCCUAGUCCCUGGACCAGCUCCUUUGUUCCCACCACUGGCUGCAGAGGUGGGCAUGGCCCGGGCACGGCUGGCUCAGCUGGUCCGGCUGGCUGGUGGGCACUGCCGUCGGGACACCCUCUGGAAGCGCCUCUUCUUGCUGGAGCCACCAGGACCUGACCGGCUAAGGCUUGGGGGGCGCCUGGCCCUGGCAGAGCUGGAGGAGCUCCUAGAGGCAGUCCAUGCCAAAUCUAUUGGAGACAUUGACCCCCAGCUGGACUGCUUCCUGUCCAUGACGGUCUCCUGGUACCAGAGCCUGAUCAAGGUUCUCCUGAGCCGUUUCCCCCAGAGCUGUCGUCAUUUCCAGAGCCCAGAUUUGGGAACUCAGUACCUGGUUGUGCUGAAUCAGAAGUUCACUGACUGUUUUGUGCUAGUGUUUCUGGACUCCCACUUGGGAAAGACGUCUCUGACAGUGGUUUUCCGAGAGCCCUUCCCAGUACAGCCUCAGGACAGCGAGAGUCCCCCUGCCCAGCUGGUCUCCACCUACCACCACUUAGAGUCCGUCAUCAAUACAGCCUGUUUCACCCUCUGGACCCGCCUUCUCUGAGGAAGUGGACCACUGGACGCCACUGUACAUUGAAUCAUGAAUCUGUAAGAUUGCCCACCUGAGGCAUGACUAAUUAGCCCUCUCAGGCUCCAGGGCUAACUUGCAUACUGAGCGACACCAAAGGCUUUGUGAAUACUUCUGGGGAUUUACUGCUGCAGCCUGGCAGCAGGGAUUAUCUUCCCCAAACACUCGUAGCUGCUGACCAGCCCAGGACUCUAGGGGGUAAGGUCAACUCCCUAAGGCACCCAUCCCCUCUCAGACUCCUUAGACCUUCUAUAAGGGGACAACUCCCUCCUGUCCACCUAUUAGAGUCUUGGGAAUUCUUCACAGCAGGUAAUAAGCACUCACCCCUUAAGCUCUGCCAGAAUCCUGCCCCCCUUAGCCUUCUGGUCUUCAUUCCCACUUGGACAUCACUGCUGGACAUUGCUAUUGAGAUGAAACCUUGGUUCCUAUCUGAACUCUGCCUUUGAAGCACAUGUGACCAGCAUCAAGCUCCUUUACUCUUGGCCCCUGGUUCCUCACUUGUAAGUGAGAGGAAGGCUUAAAAUCUCUCCUUUUCCCACAGCAACUCUGGCACCAACUGGAAGAUUUGAGCAUGAGCUGUGUGUCCCUUCUCAAUGGGAGGGUAGCAACUCAAAGAGACUGAAGCAUUAGACACUGUGUGUCCUCUACCCCAUAACAUAUACAUAUGAAAAUGUUCAGUAAGUUGUCUUUAAUUCAAAGAAGACGACUCGGGGUGCUCACUCAUUGCCCCAGAGAGGCAUGUGGGUAGUGUGCAGGACCUCACUGGACAACCCGUGGGUGGCCCCGCUUAUCCCAGUAUGAACGUAGCCAACUCAGACCCUCUACUGUGUCUCCUGUAGAGAAAGGGAGGCAGUGGCAUCUCAACUUACCAAGAGAAAAAUAGCCCCUGUCCAAUACCUGUCCCUCUAGAGACUUCUUCCCCAGGGCCACACCUGGAAUCUCACCUUGAGGCUGAUACUCACAGCCCACAAAGCCUUGGUAGCCUUCAUCUUCCAGCAGCUGGAACAGAUAGGGGAAAUGCAGCUCUCCAGGGCUCCCUGGCUCCCCUCGGCCAGGGACCUGUGCCACCUGUACGUGCCCUAGGGACAGAUGUGGAAAGACAUGGGGCCAGGCUCCUGUUGAGGCCUAAGAGACAGAGACAGAGGUGGACAGGCAAAAGAAGCAGCUCUGCAGAUGAAGAAGGUACAAAGAAAGGGAGCCCUCUCACCAAUGAUAGGCAGGAACUCCCGAAUGUUUCCCGUCAGGUUCCCAUCCAUGAUCUGCCAGUGGAAUAUAUCCUGGGGAAGAGAAUACUAUACUAUAGUUGGACCUCUCAGGUGUCUCCCACCAUUUUUCUUAUAUUUGGAGAACAGGCUCUCAGAAGCACUCCCUUCCUCCCACUCACCAUUUGUAAUUGGAGGUUGGGUCUUCCAACCUUCUGUAAGAUGGCAGCCGCUGGGAAAGAAGCCAGGGAGGGGAGCCAUUAGACUCAUGGAGACCAUAGGAAUCAAAAGGAAUGGGAAGAGGAACAGACUGGAUUCUUACCCUGCUGGGGUGUAUCCAGGAAGUACUGGGGGUCAGUGAUACGCGUAUUAAUGGGCUCCAGCAGUCCCACGAGGUUCUCCUAGCACCAUAUUGGAUUCUGUGAAUAGGACUCCUUCCCAAGUUUGUUCUCCAUCAACCACUGGCCAGCACACCUGUCAGUCGGACCUGGGCAGGUGCUCACCCUUGUGCCUCAUCUCUCCUCACUGGGCACCCCUCUCCCUACACACAUGUAAAUGCAUAUUUCCACUUACCUGAGCCAAAACUCCAGCUGCAUACCUUAGGUUCUCCAGAAAAACUGUCUCCAUCUCACCUGUGACUGCUGCUCGGUCAGCCCCCUGGGGUACUCUGCCAGCCAUCAGGUGGAUCCUAUAAGGAAAAUGGGACUAGAAGCUUCAUGCUAUUUGUUCCCUGUACACCUCCUCUCAGAUGCCUUCUGACUAUGCUGACCCUCACCCAUCCCUCCAGGUCUGUGGUCCAUACCACCCUGGUAGGGGGUUUCAAGCAUCCCCUCAUCCUCAGGCACUCCUGUGUCAGCCCAAGGUCAAGUCUUUUCUGAGAUGCCAUCUUAAAGUCAACUCAUCAUUCUGCCACAGGAACCUCAAGUCUUCACCUAACUCCUGUACUUUCAACUUCUCCUUUCCCCUGGCCUUCCCCUCAGCUUAUAAACAUGUUUGAUUCUCAGUAUUUUAAAA